CCAAAUUAACCCAUACACACAUAUGCUUGGUUUCUCUCUUGUUCGCCUCUGUCCUCCGGCGGUUGUAGCUCUUGUGUCUCGGCCCGGAAAGGAGGAUCUAGAGUAUCAGUAUAUACAGAAGAAGAAGGAAUCCUCAGUGAAUAGUACUGAAGAUCUGACUUGACCAAGAUACAUUCAUAGCCACCCGGCCAUGAAAGCUGCCAGGUUACUUCUGUGGGUGUUGGCGGCUUGCAGUGCACAUGUCGUCAUCUGCAACACCUCCAUCUCGUACGGAAACGAGAUGGAUCGGUUAUCGCUGCUUGCAUUCAAGGAUGCAAUCAGUCUCGAUCCACAACAAACCUUCAUGUCCUGGAACCAUAGCACUCACUUCUGCAAUUGGGAAGGUGUCCUAUGCAGGGUCAAGGCUCCACAUCGUGUCACUUCUCUAAACCUGACAAGUCGAGGUUUGGUAGGGCACAUCUCUCCUUCACUUGGAAACCUAACAUUCAUGCGGUCUUUGGCCCUCACAGGGAACACACUCGCCGGGGAGAUCCCACCCUUGCUUGGUCACCUGCAUCGCCUCCAAACCCUCCUCUUGAAUAGUAACACGCUACAAGGAAGGGUGCCAACUUUCGCUAACUGCUCAAAGCUCAAGGUGAUGGAUGUUUCGAAAAACAAUCUAGUAGGCCAUCUCCAUGCCAACUUGCCUCUUCACUUGCAAGUGUUGCACGUUUGGUCUAAUAACCUUACUGGCACAAUCCCAGCUACUCUUGCCAAUAUCACAACAUUAACCCAAAUUAACUGCCAAGAUAAUCACAUCAAGGGAAAUAUCCCAAGUGAGUUUGCACAUUUGUCUAGCUUGCAGCACCUGUCUGCCAGUGCUAAUCAGCUGUCAGGAAGAUUUCCACAAGCCAUCUUGAAUCUUUCUACCCUUACCAUCCUCAAACUUGCUGCCAAUGGUCUAAGUGGAGAGGUUCCACCAAAUCUCUUUACCUCUCUUCCCAAUCUCCAGAUACUUUUCUUAGGUGGCAACUUAUUUUUAGGGCACCUUCCUAGUUCAUUCACCAAUGCUUCCAAUAUACAAGCUCUCGAUUUGUCAAGAAACAACUUCACAGGAUUGAUGCCCACCACGAUUGGAAAACUUACCAAACUCUUGAGUUUGAAUCUUGAAAAUAAUGAACUCCAAGCACACAACAGAGAAGAUUGGGAGUUUUUGAAUAGCUUAGGCAACUGCACGGAGCUACAAAUGUUUUCCAUGGGUUAUAAUCAUCUAUCAGGGCAUGUACCGAGUUCAUUAGGUAACCUUUCAAGUCAACUCCAGGAAUUAUACUUGACAAACAAUCAACUAUCAGGAGAUUUUCCAUCUGGCAUAGCAAACCUUCACAACCUGAUUUUUGUAGCAUUGGGACGAAAUAACUUUACAGGUGUGGUUCCUAUGUGGAUUGGAACUCUCAAAGCUAUGCAGGUAAUAGGCUUAUUCAAAAACUUCUUUGCGGGGCCCUCCCAUCAUCUUUGUCAAACUUGACUCAAUUGGGAGCUCUCUACCUACGCUCGAACCAGUUCACUGGUCACAUACCAUCAAGCUUUGGAAACUUUCCAAUGCUUCAAAUAUUGGACAUUUCCCGCAAUGAACUCCAUGGCAAGGUUCCAAUGGAGAUCUUUAGAAUCCCAACAAUAGUUGGAAUUGAUUUAUCAUUCAAUAGCCUUGAUGGGCAACUUCCUACCGACAUUGGAAAUGCCAAACAACUCGUGAGAUUGAGAGUUUCAUCAAAUAAACUAUCCGGAGAUAUUCCAAACACUUUGGGUGAUUGUGAAAGCUUAGAAGGCAUUGAGUUAGAUUCAAAUAUUUUCAGCGGAAGCAUUCCCACAUCAUUAGCCAAGAUAAGCAGCCUCAAAGUUUUGAAUUUGUCUACCAAUAACUUAACUGGGUCAAUACCAGCAUCUCUUGGCAACCUGGAACUUCUUGAGGACCUAGAUUUGUCAUUCAACCAUCUUAAUGGAGAGGUUCCAACAAAAGGGAUCUUCAGUAAUGCAACUGCCUUGAGGAUUAACGGAAAUCAAGGGCUUUGUGGCGGGGUAAAGGAGUUACACAUACUAGCUUGUUCUGUUGUGCCUUCAAAUUCAACUAGGCACAAGGAAUCUUUAGUGCUCAAAGUGGUCAUCCCGAUAGCAUGUGUUGUGUCACUUUCUAUAGUCAUAUUUGGUUAUUUGCUAUGCAUAAGAAAACACAAUAGCAAAUCUAUAUCACUGCCAUCAUUUUCUACAAAAUUCCCGAAAGUUUCUUUCAACGACCUAACCAGAGCAACAGAGGGGUUCUCGACACCUAAUUUGAUUGGUAGAGGGAGAUACAGUUCUGUAUACCAAGGAAAACUAGUUGAAGACCAAAAUGAGGUUGCCAUAAAAGUCUUCAACCUAGAGAUAAGAGGAGCACACAAGAGCUUCAUUGCGGAAUGUACUGCAUUGAGAAAUGUGCGGCAUCGCAAUCUUGUCCCUAUUCUAACUGCAUGCUCAAGCAUUGAUUCUAAGGGCAAUGAUUUCAAGGCCCUGGUGUAUGAGCUCAUGCCACGAGGAGACUUGCAUAAACUACUAUACUCAACUCAAGACCGUGAAUGCUCUUCAUAUUUGAACCUCAUUAUGAUGGCUCAAAGGAUAAGGAUUGUGGUGGACGUGGCGGAUGCACUCGAGUAUCUACACCAUAAUAACCAAGAAACAAUGAUUCACUGUGAUCUGAAGCCUAGCAACAUUCUUUUGGAUGACAAUAUGACAGCUCAUGUUGGAGACUUUGGCCUGGCAAGAUUCAAAGUUGGUUCCACAAUGUCAUCUCUUGGUAACUCCAACUCUUCUUCUGUUGCAGUAAUGGGGACGAUUGGAUACGCCGCUCCAGAAUAUGCUGGGGGCGGUCAAGUUUCAACUGCCGCGGAUGUUUACAGCUUUGGUGUUGUUCUCCUCGAGAUAUUUGUUCGAAGAAGGCCAACGGAUGACAUGUUUAAGGAUGGACUCAACAUUGUGAACUUUAUAGAGGCCAGCUUCCCCGGUAGGGUAUUGGAGAUUGUCGACCCCCAACUGCUACAGGAGUUGGAGGAAACUCCAAUGGCCUUGAAGGAAAAAUGUUCAGAAUGUCUUUUGUCUAUGCUAAAGGUUGGCCUUUCUUGCACCAAGCCAUCUCCCGGUGAUCGUAUCAACAUGCAGGAGGUGGCUGCCAAGCUACAUGGAAUCAAUGAUGCUUACCUCAAUGGUAACUGAAAGACAAGUUGUUGUAUAAUUGCUUUUAUCACAUAUCGUCUAUGUAAGAAGUAUUAGCUACCUGAACAAGUUAGUUUUUAUAGUUGGUGUUUGUCACAUAGCGUGUGUGUAACGGGCCCGUAUUUAUAAAUCGACACGUUGUCGGUGUUACUGCAUCAGCUUAUAUGGUGAACAAGGAAAAAUGAAUAGCAUUCCCAGGCAUCAAUUGAAGGAGUUCAGAGUUUAUUUUGUUUCCGUUGUAGUCGCCGUUUUCUGCACUUCAUUAUUUAUAUAUGGUCCAUAGGCCACAGAUCUUUUUUUUUUUGGCCACACUUAUCGCUUCGACUUUGGCACCCAUACUGUGGUGACAAACCACACAUCGUGGAAGCUUUAUCUGUGGCAAAACUACCCUUCAAAUAAGGAUGUCUGACAGGCUGACACUAUCCGAGCAUGGCAACAAAUCUACCUACAGAGCAAAACAGAGGACCAUUUGUCUAUCGAACGAACCUUUGAAAGAAGUCCUUUCCCUGCCACAAGUGCCCCUUCCAAGUUGGCAUUUGUUAAAUUUACCUAUAGAACGGAAUAAAGGAGAUUGAUGUAAAACCACAUCCGGUAA